CUGGCAAAGUGAAUCUAACAUUGUGAAUAGUGAACUCUAUUCCAUUUCAGCUAUAAGCAGCAACUGAACACAAAUAAUCGGCUGAUUUACUUCCUUUAACAGCUAAAGAUCCACACCCCAUGUGAUCGGGUCCAGCCAAUGACCAGAGAAGGAGAAGGCAGAGCAUCGUUUUUUUAGGAGAGGAUGAAAGCGACCAGCAUCACACGUCACGUUUUACAGUCGCCCUCAAAUAGUUUUUUUUGAAAUAAUAAAAUAAACAUGUCGCUAACGAAUUAUUAUUCGAUGAUGGGCCACGAGACGGAAGAUCUUUACGGCGCGCAUUUCAUCCAGGGGGGCCUGCAGCCGUCCGCCGGUAGCGGGAAGCCGACCGCCGUAGCUCGGGGAGCAGACGAGCCGACCAGUACCAAUCUCUCCAAUUUCUCCAAUUUCUCCAACGGUUUCAGGCAGACCGUUCUGAACGGGUUUUCACCAUGGACAAACCCGUCGUCUUCCUCCUCAACUCAAAGCGCACACACACAGCUCCAGUCCGCCUCCUCUUCCUCCCUGUCCAGCCUCUUCCACUCCCACCACCCUCACCAGCACCCUCUGAGCCACCCUUAUUACAGCACCCCAUCGCAGAGCCACAGCCCGCACUCUGCCAACCCAGGUACGGUGCAGGAGAGCCGCUUCGUUCGGUGCUGGGAGGAAACACCCGUCUUAACCCCUCAGUCCUCCCAGCUGGUGGACGGCUUUCCAGGGGACUUGUCCACUCAGGCAGAGCUUUCAAGCUGCAGCCCUCGAAGAUAUGAGACUAUAAAACCGGAGAACUCGCCGCCUUCCGAGAGCGCACCGGAGGAUUCACACUUUGCAAGCCUGGUGAAGGCUGGUCCUGAGCCGCAGAGGGGCCUGAAGGACUCAGAGGAGGACCCCGACGAGGGCCCGGAGGACAGAGAGGACGGAGCGGGCGCAGAGCGUCACGGAGCGGGCACAGAGCACCGGCCGGCCGAGUCCACUAAUCCUUCGGUCAAUUGGAUCCACGCAAAGUCAACCCGAAAGAAGCGGUGUCCGUACAGUAAGCACCAGACGCUGGAGCUGGAGAAGGAGUUCCUGUACAACAUGUACCUCACGAGGGACCGCCGCGUGGAGGUGGCGGGGGUGUUGAGUCUGACAGAGAGACAGGUGAAGAUCUGGUUCCAGAACCGACGCAUGAAGAUGAAGAAGCUGAUGAGCCGGGACAGGCGGGGGCUGAACGACUGAGAGGAGUCAAUUGUAGGGCUACUGGUCUGACUGUUUGGUCUAUAUAGUAGAGAUAGGAUUAUUCAAUUGGGACCCUUAACAAAUUGCGACGGAUAAGCUUUGCAAUGAAUAUAUUUUCAGGGGAUCCACAGAAUGAGCCAAACCGACUCCUCCGUUCAGGAGGAACGUGACGUCUCCACGCGUGGACAAAAAAAUUAUAUCAGACGGAAUUACAAACAGGCUCACUGUUGCAUCACAUCAUUUUUUUAUUGGGAUGUUAUUAUGUAUACAAACUGGAAUCGAUUCUAUACUCCUUUCUCACUUUCGAAAAGGAAAUGUUAUGAUAGUGUCCUGUUUUACUGAUUAUAAACGGGACGGUGUUCAGAGUGUUUUUGAAAGCACUUUUUUAUUUGAGGAUCAUGAACAACAUAAUAAUACAUGCUGUCACUCUAACUGAAUGAAGUAUUAUUUAUCUUAAAUAUGUGAUCAGCUGGAUUGCUAGCUACCCAACAUAUUACCUUCCCAAUAAAAGAUCUAGCCAGCUAUUAGAUACGAUUUUUGCUCUCCUCAUUAUACAGAUAUUUGAAGACUUUUAGAUGCGGAAGUUAUUUCUCAGUUUUUUAUACAUAAAAUAGAAGGUGUCCCGUUGUGCCAGCCGUGGAGCUGCACCAGGACGGGUCGUUGUGGAGAUGUGGUUCUUCUGUAUGGUUUCUCCAUUGUGUGUUAGGAGGGCUUCGUGUUGAUUGUAUCAGGUUUGAGGCCUAGGAUGAUGGCUAUGGCCUCCACAUCUUCAGAAAGGGUCCCUGUUUAACGCAGCUCUCCUGAUGCUAUAUAGACCAACCAGUAGUUUACAGGUUUUGGUUUUUUAAAAGGACGAGUCAUCGAUUUUGUAUCUCUAAUUUUGACAUUAACGACUUUACUAUGGUGAAGAAAUGACAGUUGUAAGGCAUGGCACGUUAUGGUGCUUUGUUAAUAUCUCUUGUGGGAUUUAUUAUGCCAUGUAUCCAGAUGUCUUUCACCACAUGUUUGAAAAACAAUCCUAUUUUUCAGCAUAUUUCUUUUACAUUUUUCAAUAAAGACCCCUAAAUAGCGACGCGAUUUUAACUCUCUCUCUCUAUAUAUCAUGUGGGUGACGAAAUAAAACGGUUAAUUCUAUAACAGGUCAACUAAGUCCUACAAGCAGAGAUCGAGAGGAUGGACCCUCGUUUGAAUGAGCCUCAUUCUCUGAUACUUCUCUCCACUGUGUUGUGUGCACGUUAUGGUCCUAAAGUCAAGGCCCUCUCAUCUGAUGAAGUCUUCCCUGAUCUUGUGCUGAAUUGACGUUGUGUUUUUGUCGUUGUUAUCAUAUUUUGGUCAAUGUUGGUCAGAUGAGGCCUAUUUUGUGCAUAUACUUCAAAACACACCAGUCCUUCUAAGCUAAAUUUGACUGUGAUCUUUAUUUAAUUAUAGCCUAUAGAAAACAAUUCAGGCGUUUAAAGAUAGAAAUAUACUAAAAUCGUCGACCAAGAGGUAGGAUAUAUUUGGCAAGAAAUGUACACAAAAUGCAAAAAAGCGACUAGGAUAUUCAUUUGCUUAUUUAGAAUAAUGUUUAUGUGCUGCUAAAUGUGAUGUUUAUUUGUAAGAAAAUAAAUC